AUGGAAGAAGACCAAAACUAUAAGCCACUCAAAGAGUUUUCCCUAUCCUCUAAAGAAGAGCCUCAUUCAAGUAUUUUCAACCCAACUAUUACAGCUAAUAACUUUGCAUUGAAUCCUGCUUUGUUACAAAUCGUGCAACAGAACCAGUUUGCUGGUCUCCAAAUAGAGAACCCAAACCAGCACAUAAAAGUAUUCAUUCAACUAGAUGACGCACUAAAAUACAAUAACAUUACUCCUGAGAAAGUAUUCCUUGCUAGAUACUUUCCACCUAGUAAGACCGCCGUCCUACGUAACCAAAUUACAAGAUUUACUCAACUGGAUGGUGAGUCUCUCCUCGAUGCCGGGGAAAGGUACAAGGAGCUAUUAAGAGCUUGUCCACAUCAUGGAUUAGAACAAUGGCUAAUUAUCCACACCUUAUACAAUGGACUUCUCUACAACACUAAGAUGACUAUCGACGCUGCCGCCAGUGGCGCGCUAAUUAUCAAACCUUACCCUAAAGCAUGCACACUCUUUGAGGACGUGGCUCAAAACCAUUACCAAUGGGGUACAAAGAAUGCACAAGUAGAGAAGAAAGAGACUGAAGGAGGUAUAUACGAGGUUAGCAGCCUUGACCAUAUGAAUGCCAAAAUGGACGCCCUAACCCAAAAAGUCGAAAGCUUAGUCAUAAACCCUACAACUAUCGUAGCUUCAGUGCAACCCGGAUGCAAAAUCUAUGGAACACCAGGACAUGUGAUUGCUGAAUGA